AUGGAAGUAGUGAAGCAUUUAUUGAAGAAAGGAUGUCAUGUGAUAACCGGCUCAUCAGCUAAUGAGGAUGAGAUGCAAAGAAGACUGGAUUCUGGCAAACAAUGCGGUCAAAAGUCACGUAUUGUAUGCGUGUCUUCCGGAGCUCACAGACCGGCAAAAAUGCGUUUAAAUGACUUACAAUCCGAGCGCCUGUUCUCCACAUAUCACGCGUACGCGCAGUCAAAAUUGGCUCAAAUCAUGUUUGUCUAUAAAUUCAACGAAUGGCUUCAAAGUGUGAGCGAGUGGUCACACUUUGUCACCAUAACAUGUCUUCAUCCGGGCGUCUGUCGCACAGAUCUCAUGAAAGAAUUUAAUUUCUUUAAUUUAAGGCCCAUUCAAGCACUUCCCAUAUUUCGAUCGGCAGAAGAAGGCGCUGAGACUACACUUUAUGCUACCCUGUCGUCAGAAAUUGAAGGAAUAAGUGGUGUAUAUCUAGAGGACUGUUGUGUUAGGACAUCAAGUAAACGGUCAUACGAUAAGAAGAUACAGGAAUUGCUUUGGAAUAACACAUGGAUUUUGUUGGCUAAAUGGAUGCCUAAUAUGUCGUUUGAAAUGGUUUCCGAAUGCGAUAAAGUGCAUAAUCUUUAG